AUGCGUAGAUACCAUGUAUGUCGCUUAUUAGUAAGGAACAAUGAUUUUCGAGUUGCCCCUAGUCGGAGAAAACCGUUGCGGAAAAACCUGGAAAAACAGUGUUGCAUUUUUGAUGAACAAAUAAAUGCCAAAAUAAAAAUAGAAAAACCGGAACAAUCUACAAUAAAACAAAUAGAUUGUUUCUUACUACGAAUGGGUACACUAAUUGUUCGACUUAAACAAGCAGAUAAAGGUGAAAUAAGAAAAGUAUCAACAAUGAUAAAUGAGAAUGAUCCAGAAAAUGAUGACGGUGUUCAAAUACCAAUACCAUUGUUAGUACCGUCCGCAUAUUGUUAA